CAAGGCUGCCCCACUAGCAUUUUCAUCGCUGCCCUUUCGUCACUGCACAGGGGUGCGGAGGAACGGCCAUCAGGCACCACCGUUGGCGGCCCCAAGAUUCCUGCUUGGGCGGCUUCGAACCGCGCAGUUUACCCACGGUACCCAUACUCGCACCUGGAUCGCAAACCACAGAUUCCCGUGCCGCCAGCGCGUUCGUUUUUUUUUUGCUGUUGGCGACCAGCUAUCCACGACCGGACACCUACUGGCUUGACUGCGCGAUAAUCGGUUUACUGCGGCCAAUUUUCAGGUUACUUAGCACGCGCGUGACGGACCCGCCAUGGGCAUCACUCGUCGUGCAAAGGACAAGGCCGCGCGGGCCGACCGGUCUGCCGCCGGAACCGGCCAAGCGGGUCCCAGCAAGCCUAAGAAGGCUACCUUCGACACGACCAAGAAGAAGGAGAUCGGCGUCUCGGACCUCACGCUGCUGCGCACCGUGUCCAACGAGGCCAUCAACGAGAACUUGAAGAAGCGGUUCGAGGGCGGGGAGAUCUACACGUACAUCGGCCAUGUCUUGGUGUCGGUCAACCCCUUCCGCGAUCUCGGCAUCUACACCGAGCAGGUCCUCAACAGCUACCGGGGAAAGAACCGGCUGGAGAUGCCCCCGCACGUGUUUGCCAUUGCUGAGUCUGCCUAUUACAACAUGAAGGCGUACAAGGACAACCAGUGCGUCAUCAUCUCGGGCGAGUCCGGUGCUGGCAAGACAGAGGCGGCCAAGCGCAUCAUGCAGUACAUCGCCAAUGUCUCGGGCGGCGAGACGGGUGACAUCCAGCAGAUCAAGGACAUGGUCCUGGCGACCAACCCCCUGCUGGAAUCCUUCGGCAAUGCAAAAACGUUGCGGAACAACAACUCGUCGCGAUUCGGCAAGUAUCUGCAGAUCCACUUCAACGCCCAGGGCGAGCCCGUAGGCGCCGACAUCACAAACUACCUGCUCGAGAAGUCGCGCGUAGUCGGCCAGAUCACGAACGAGCGCAACUUCCACAUCUUCUACCAGUUCACCAAGGGCGCUUCGCAGCACUACCGGGAGAUAUUUGGAGUGCAGAAGCCGGAGACAUACAUUUACACGAGCAGAUCCAAGUGCUUCAAUGUCGACGGAAUUGAUGACUUGGCUGACUUCCAGGACACGCUCAACGCCAUGAAGGUCAUCGGCCUCUCUCAGGCGGAGCAGGACAGCAUCUUCCGAAUGCUAGCCGCCAUCCUCUGGACGGGCAACCUCGUCUUUCGCGAGGACGACAGCGGAUACGCCGCCGUGUCAGACCAGUCCGUGGUGGACUUCCUGGCCUACCUCCUCGAAGUCGACCCUGCCCGGCUGGUCCACGCGAUUACGAUCCGGAUCCUGACGCCGAGAAACGGAGAGGUGAUCGAAUCCCCCGCCAAUGUGGCCCAAGCGAUGGCGACUAGAGACGCCCUGGCCAAGGCCAUCUACAACAACUUGUUCGACUGGAUCGUCGAGCGGAUAAACCAGUCUCUGAGGGCGCGGCAAGCGACGGCGAACUCGAUUGGCAUUCUUGACAUUUACGGCUUCGAGAUCUUUGAGAAGAACAGUUUCGAGCAGCUCUGCAUCAACUACGUGAACGAGAAACUGCAGCAGAUCUUCAUCCAGUUAACCUUGAAGGCGGAGCAGGAGGAGUACGCGCGGGAGCAGAUCAAGUGGACUCCCAUCUCUUACUUCGACAACAAGAUCGUGUGCGACCUGAUCGAGUCCAUCAGGCCACCCGGUAUCUUCUCCGCCAUGAAGGAUGCUACAAAGACCGCCCACGCCGACCCGGCCGCCUGCGACCGCACCUUCAUGCAGAGCAUCAACGGCAUGUCGAAUCCUCACCUCACCCCCCGGCAGGGCAGUUUUAUUGUCAAGCACUACGCCGGCGACGUCACAUACACCGUAGAUGGCAUUACGGACAAGAACAAGGACCAGCUGCUGAAGGGCCUGCUCAACCUCUUCCAGAUCAGCCAAAACAGGUUCAUCCACACCCUCUUCCCCGACCAGGUCGACCAGGAUAACCGGAAACAACCUCCGUCAGCGGGCGACAGGAUACGAGCCUCGGCCAACGCGCUCGUCGACACGCUCAUGAAGUGCCAGCCUUCGUAUAUCCGGACCAUUAAGCCCAACGAGAACAAAUCGCCCAGCGAGUAUAACGUUCCCAACGUCCUGCACCAGAUCAAGUAUCUCGGUCUUCAGGAAAACGUGCGUAUCCGGCGCGCUGGCUUCGCCUACCGCCAGUCUUUCGAGAAGUUUGUCGAUCGCUUCUUCCUUCUCUCGCCCGCCACCUCGUAUGCUGGCGAGUACACCUGGCAAGGGUCCUACGAAGCGGCCGUCAAGCAGAUCCUGAAGGAUACGAGCAUUCCCCAGGAAGAAUGGCAGCUCGGCGUCACCAAGGCUUUCAUCAAGUCCCCUGAGACACUGUUUGCGCUCGAACACAUGCGAGACCGGUACUGGCAUAACAUGGCGACGCGCAUCCAGCGGAUGUGGCGGGCAUACUUGGCUUACAGGGCAGAGGCGGCAACCCGUAUUCAGCGUUUCUGGAGGAAGAAGCGAGUCGGGGCCGAGUACCUCCAGCUCCGGGAGGAGGGCCACAGAGUCCUGCAGGGCCGGAAAGAGCGCAGGAGGAUGAGCCUUCUGGGCUCGCGACGGUUCCUUGGCGACUACCUGGGCAUCAAUGCCAGCACCGGCCCCGGAGCCCAGGUCCGGAACGCUAUCCAACUGGGAAGCAACGAGAAAGCAGUCUUCUCCUGCCGCGGCGAGAUCCUCGAGGCAAAGUUUGGCCGAUCCAGCAAGCCGAGCCCCAGAAUCCUGAUUGUCACCAACAGCAAGUACUACAUUGUGGCACAGGUGUUGGGCCAGAACCACCAGGUUCAGAUCGUGGUGGAGCGUGCUCUCCCCCUGGGUGCCAUCAAGUUCAUCGGCACGUCUACGUGCCGCGACGACUGGUUUUCCUUGGGCGUGGGGUCGCAACAAGAGGCUGAUCCCCUGCUCAACUGCGUGCUCAAGACGGAGAUGUUCACGCAGAUGAAGAGGGUAAUGCCGGGCGGGUUCAACCUGAAGAUUGGAGACACGAUCGAGUACGCCAAGAAGCCGGGCAAGAUGCAGGUGGUGAAGGUGCUGAAGGACGCGCCCACUCCGCACGACUUCUACAAAAGCGGCGCCGUGCAUACGCAGCAGGGCGAGCCGGCGAACUCCGUUUCGCGGCCGACGCCCAAGGGCAAGCCGGUUCCGCCGAGACCGAUCACCCGGGGUAAGCUCAUCAAGCCUGGCGGGCCAGGUGGCAGACCUUCCCGGUUCCCAGUCAACCGCACUCCUCAGCCCCGGCCGUCAGCAGUCACAUCUACAUCGGCUGCUGCAACCGCGUCGUCACGGCCCGUCCCUCAACCCCAUGCGGCGGCGGCGGCGGCGGCGGCGGCGGCAUCGGUCACCAUUCCCUCACACACUCGACAGCAAUCCAACUCGUCAGCCGUCCGCGCGCCUCCUCCCCCGCCACCAGCGGCGCCGCCUGUAAAACCAAAAAUUAUGGCCAAGGUAUUAUAUGAUUUCGUUGGCCAGAGGGACAAUGAGCUGUCGAUCAAGGCGGGCGAGUUGAUCGAAAUCGUCCAGAAGGAAAACAACGGCUGGUGGCUCGCGAAGAAUGCUGCCGGGCAAGCGUGGGUUCCUGCCGCCUAUGUGGAGGAACAAGAGGCCGCCCCUGUCGUGGCGCCGCGUCCCCCUCCGCCUCCGCCGGCGGCGAACGGUGCUGUUGCGAAAGCGAAGCCGGCGGCGCCACAGCCCCCCGCCAAGCGCCCGGCCGCCGGCAAGAAGCCUGCGGCUCUGCAGGCUCGCGAUUCCGGUAUGAGCCUAAACGGGUCGGACAGCAGCAGGAGCAAUACCCCGACGCCAAGUCUGGCCGGGAGCUUAGCGGAUGCCUUGCUGGCGAGGAAGAACGCCAUGGCAAAGAAGGAUGAUGAUGAUGACGAAUGGUAGAUGCUAGCUAGCUUUCAUGUCUUGUCGCAAGUUGUGGAAUGCCAGGGCGGUUUUUUUUGUGCGAUCCGCCGCGGGAGCGAACAUAUCGUGUCGGAUAAAGCUGUUAGAGAAGUGCCGUC